AUGCGAAAGACCCGUUCGCAGACGGCUCGCACGCUGGCGGAAAAUGCCGCUACUUCUACGGGGCCCGGACAGCAAUCAGCAGCGUUGGUGCUGACGGCAGUGAACACCUUUGAUGCGGUCAAAUACAAGGAAUGUGAGCAAAUGGUGCAGAUGCUACGUGUGGUAGAGCUGCAAAAAAUCUUGUCGUUUCUGAACUUCUCCUUCGCUGGACGAAAAACCGAUCUGCAGAGUCGAAUUCUGGCCUUUCUGCGCACCAACUUGGAACUGCUCGCCCCGAAGGUCCAGGAAGUCUACGCCCAGUCCGUGCAAGAGCAAUCCGCCACACUGCAGUACAUAGAUCCAACCAGGAUGUACUGACACAUCCAGCUGCCGUCCGCCGUGCAGCAGAAUCAGAUGGGACUGGUAGGAGGGGGGCCCGGCGGCCAGGUGCCGGGCGGUCAGAUACCCGUGGUCGGCGGCGUGCCUUUCUUACCCACGCACAGCAUUAACAACACGCUGCCCAUCCAUCCCGACGUGCGCCUGAAAAAGCUCGCCUUCUAUGAUGUUCUCGGCACACUUAUUAAGCCAUCUACACUGGUACCUCGCAACACGCAACGUGUCCAAGAGGUGACCUUUUAUUUUACUCUUACACCACAGCAGGCGACAGAAAUAGCUUCAAAUCGGGAUAUUCGCAACAGCUCAAAAGUUGAGCAUGCCUUCCAAGUGCAACUACGCUUCUGCUUGGUUGAGACCUCGUGCGAUCAGGAAAACUGCUUUCUACCGAAUGUAAAUGUGAAGGUCAACAAUAAGCUGUGCCAGCUGCCUAAUGUCAUUCCUACAAACCGACCAAAUGUGGAGCCGAAGCGUAUGCCUCGUCCCGUCAAUGUCACCUCCAAUGUGAAGCUGUCGCCAACCGUCACGAACAGCAUCAUGGUGCAGUGGUGUCUAGACUACACGCGCAGCUACUGCCUAGCGGUCUAUCUGGUGAAGAAGCUCACCUCAGCACAGCUCCUUCAGCGCAUGAAAACAAAGGGUGUCAAACCGGUAGACUACACGCGGGCCUUAAUCAAGGAGAAGCUGACAGAGGAUGCAGACUGCGAGAUAGCCAUUACCAUGCUUAAGGUGUCUCUCAAUUGCCCAUUGGGUAAGAUGAAGAUGCAACUGCCUUGCCGGGCCUCCACCUGCUCGCAUCUGCAGUGCUUCGACGCAAGUUUAUACCUGCAAAUGAAUGAGCGUAAGCCCACCUGGAACUGUCCCGUCUGCGAUAAGCCGGCCAUUUACGACAACUUGGUCAUAGAUGGGUAUUUCCAGGAGGUGCUGAACUCAACAUUGCUCAAGAGCGAUGACACAGAGAUCCAGCUGCAUCAGGAUGGAUCCUGGAGCACACCAGGGUUGCGUAGCGAGGCGCAGAUCCUUGAUACUCCAUCAAAGCCUGUACAGAAAGUUGAGGUCAUAUCAGACGAUAUAGAACUCAUAACGGACGAUGCCAAGCCAGUGAAGAGCGACUUGUCCCCAGCACCGGACGAACAGCCAACGUCCACGUCGAACAGUGAAACUGUUGAUUUGACUUCGAGCGAUUCCGACGACGACAUGCCGCUGGCCAAGCGUCGUCCACCUGCAAAGCAAGCCGUUGCCAGUUCCACGUCGAACGGCAGCGGAAGCGGCCAACGUGCUUAUACGCCGGGACAGCAGCCCCAGCAAUCUAAUAUGAAUGUUUUUAAGGCACCAACAAAACAACGAUCUAUUUACAAACCUGUUGAUAGGCAUUAUUUAGACAAAUGGUUUCGACCACGAAAACGCAAGGCAGACAGCUGCAGACGCCCUAAAGUGGGAUGAGCAGCAGCAGCUGACUCUUUUUGGUUGAUUCCAACAAUCCCGAAAUUUUCUCUAUGUUGUGUUCCUCUGAUGUUUUUUUUUUAUGAUUGUCAACGAUUAUUUAAAAC